GUCACUGAGAAUAACGGCACUGGGUCACCAAGGGGACGCCGCGAAAGUGCACCAACUCACCAUAUCUUAGCAGUGAAGGCAUCAGCUCUAUCAAGAUAAUACAAUCGUGCGGAUGCUCACUUCGCUCACACAAGCGACCAAAUCAUCAGCAUUUCCACAGUAACAGACGCAACCAGUUACUCCUGCCAAUCCCUCAAGACAACCAACCAACCAACCAACCAACAAUGCAUCUCGUUCUCUCCCGCCUCGAGCCGCGGGACCUCGACGCCAUCGUCCCGAUAAUGUUCGAAGCAUUUCGCAACGUCGACCUGUGCAAUGUUUUCUUUGGGCGAAAGUCCCCUGCCAGUUAUGCAUACUCCAAAAGGACGCUCCUGAACGGCUUGCAGAAUGACCCGGCAGACGUGUUUCUCAAGAUCGAGGAUCUGGAUGAGGAGGUCGACGUGAAUGUACUUGAUGAUCAGGGUAAUGCAAUUGCCACGGAGCGGAGGAAAAGAAUCGUGUGCACGAGUAAUUGGAAGAUCUUCCCUACCUACGUGACCCCCAAGGAGCAGCAAGAAGCACCGGAGAACAACGAGAGUCAAACGAACGGCAAGACAGAACCGGCCUUUUCCUACCUCGAAACCGAGCAGGAAAAAGCUGAUGCCGCUUUCUUGCUGGAAGACUUCCUCACCCGUCGCCGUCGCGAAUGCACCGAAGGCCACGUCCUCUGCUUCAUCCUCUUCACAGACCCAGACUAUCAGGGGAAAGGAUGUGGACGCAUGAUGAUGCAGUGGGGGAAUGACGUGGCUGACGCGCUGAUGCUGCCGUGCUGGAUUGAAGCUUCUCCGGAAGGCGAGCCGCUAUACAAGCAGAUGGGAUACGAGGGGAAGGAGAGAGUGAGGAUCCAGACGGAGAGCUUUUUGAGCGAGUAUCUACACAUGCGACGCCCAGCGAUGGUAGCGAGGAUUAGACUGGAGGGGAAGAGGACGUUAGUCAGAGAGCCGGUGGAAAAGAUAGAGAACGGGGGUGUAUGAAGCCAUACGCAUCUUCGUUCGCCCAGCAAUUCAAUAGCACAUGUCGC